AUGGGUAACCAGCAGUCCAACAUCAGUGGAGGCCCCGGGGGCGACGGAGCCAACGACAAGGACAAGAAGAAGGAGAAGCCUAAGUACGAGCCGCCUCCUCCUCCCACCACUCGCAUCGGCCGCAAGAAGCGCAGAGCCGCCGGUCCCAGCACGGCGGCCAAGCUCCCCGAUAUUUACCCGACGUCACGAUGCAAAUUACGAUAUCUGCGAAUGCAACGAGUCCAUGAUCACCUAUUGCUUGAGGAAGAGUACGUGGAGAACAUGGAACGCCUGCGUAAGACCAAGGCGCAGGCAUCCCAGGACACUGCCAACCGAGGCGAUUUCGAUAUCAUGGAUCGGAAUGCCGACGAGAGAGGCCGAGUCGAUGACAUGCGAGGCAGCCCCAUGGGCGUUGGUAACUUGGAGGAGCUGAUUGACGAUGACCACGCCAUUGUCUCGAGUGCCACGGGUCCCGAGUACUACGUGUCGAUCAUGUCUUUCGUCGACAAGGAUUUGCUCGAGCCCGGCGCCAGCAUUCUCCUGCAUCACAAGUCGGUUUCGGUCGUCGGUGUGUUGACGGAAGAGUCCGACCCUCUCGUGUCGGUGAUGAAGCUCGAUAAGGCCCCCACGGAAUCGUACGCGGAUAUUGGUGGUCUCGAGCAGCAGAUUCAGGAAGUCCGAGAAUCUGUCGAGCUUCCGUUACUUCAUCCAGAACUGUACGAGGAGAUGGGUAUCAAGCCGCCCAAGGGUGUCAUCCUCUACGGUGCCCCGGGUACUGGAAAGACGUUGCUUGCGAAGGCAGUUGCCAACCAGACCAGUGCCACUUUCCUCCGCAUUGUCGGUAGUGAACUGAUCCAGAAAUACCUCGGUGAUGGCCCGCGUUUGGUGCGACAGAUUUUCCAGGUUGCCGCCGAGCAUGCCCCGUCCAUCGUGUUCAUCGACGAAAUCGAUGCCAUCGGUACGAAGCGUUACGAAUCCCAGUCGGGUGGUGAGCGAGAGAUUCAGCGAACCAUGCUUGAACUGCUGAACCAGCUGGACGGCUUCGACGACCGUGGUGAUGUCAAGGUGGUCAUGGCCACCAACAAGAUCGAAACCCUGGAUCCCGCCUUGAUCCGUCCUGGUCGUAUUGACCGGAAGAUCCUCUUCGAGAACCCAGACCAAAACACCAAGAAGAAGAUCUUCACGCUGCACACCUCGAAGAUGUCCCUCGGCGACGAUGUCGACCUCGACGAGUUCAUCAACCAGAAGGACGACCUUUCCGGUGCCGAUAUCCGUGCCAUCUGUACCGAAGCUGGUCUGAUGGCGUUGCGGGAGCGCCGUAUGAGAGUCCAGAUGGACGAUUUCCGGGCCGCCAGAGAACGAAUCAUGAAGACGAAGCAGGACGGCGGUCCUGUCGAGGGACUGUACUUAUGGAGCUACUCCGUUUCGGCCAAACAGUGCAAACACUCCCAACAUGCAAACAUCAUCAUUUCCGCGCAAGUCGAAUCGAGAAGAAUCGACUCCGCAAUCAUCUCAACCAGCACGAUGGACGGUUUCGACGAGGAAGCGUUCAAGAAGUUCUUCCCAACCAGCUUUGGGAAGCAAGAAAAAACGACAAAUGUCAACGCUCAGAUAGAUGUCUCGAAGCGGACAAACGUCUCCGUCAAGCCCGCGGAAGAUGAGAAACCGAGUCUAGUUGGAGACGUGGAAACUGACACCAAACCUGACGCAGAAACCAGAAAAGAGGUUGAUAAUGAUGAUAGCGACGACGAUAGUGACGACUCCGAUGAUGAUUCCGAUGACGAGGACGAGUUCCCCGUCUCCCACGAGCUGCUUCUCAAAACUCAUGACCGCGCCGUAACAACAUUGACUGCUGACCCGUCCGGGUCGCGACUGAUAACAGGGUCGACCGACUGCACGGUGAAACUACAUGACUUUGCCUCCAUGACGCCGUCUACUGUGCGCGCCUUCAAAUCCGUCGAUCCGUCCGAGAAAAAGAACGCCGCCGCGCAGGAAGCGCAUGCCGUGCAUUAUGCCGCCUUCAAUCCUCUGUCGCCCAGCUACGUUCUGGUCGUCCCCGCUACGCCGCAGCCGAAGAUAUUGAGUCGCGAUGGAGAAACGGUGACCGAGUUCGUCAAAGGUGAUAUGUACCUGAGAGAUCUACACCAUACCAAGGGCCAUGUUUCGGAGGUGUCCAGCGGGGCGUGGUCGCCGACAGACGAGAACCUGUGCGCCACCGCGGGAUCGGACAGCACAGUCCGCAUCUGGGACGCCAACGUCGGUCGGUCCCAGAAGGAAGUUAUCGUUCAUAAAUCGAGAGUCGCCGGAUCCGCUGGUCGGAGCAAGAUGACUGCCGUCGCAUGGGGUUCGCCGAAGCAAGGAGGUCCCAACGUGCUUGUUGCCGCUGCCCUGGAUGGUAGUUUGCUGAUGUGGGGUGGAAACGGGCCGUUUACGCGACCUAGCGGUGAGAUUCGGGAUGCGCAUACUCGGGAUACGUGGACGAGUGGCAUCGACAUCAGUGCCGAUGGGCGACUGGUGAUCACCAAGGGCGGUGACGACACCAUCAAGCUCUGGGAUACAAGGAAGUUCAAGCAGCCGAUUACAACCGUCGCGCAUCCGUCUAGCUCGUUCCGAUACCCUACGUCUAAUAUCGUGUUCUCGCCUACCUCGGCAAAUGUUCUCACAGGGUCGGAGACCGGCCACCUGCACAUCUUGAACCCGGCCACCUUGAAACCGGAGCUGGUCACGCCAGUCACUCCGGGAUCUCCUCUCAUCACGGUUCAGUGGCACGAGAAGCUGAACCAGAUCAUCACCGGCUCUGCCAAUGCGGAAACCCAUGUGCUCUACAACCCCAACACAUCGACCAAGGGUGCCGCCAUGGUCAUGUCCAAGGCACCCAAGCGCCGUCAUGUCGAUGACGACCCGAAUCUCACGAUGGAUCUCACCCAGGGCCUGUCGGGCGAUUCCAUCGUCACCGGAUCGAAUGGUAUCCCUCAUUAUAGCUCGUCUACCCGGGCCUCUCGACACCCGAAUGUUGGUAUGACGCACUCCGGUCGCCCGAAGGAUCCCCGACGACCUCAUCUGCCGGUCCAAACGCCAUUCGCCAAGUCGCAGCCGGAUGAGAGACAUAUCCGGGAGAAUAUUCCGCUGAGUUCGAUGCGCGAUGAGGAUCCGCGAGAAGCCCUGCUGAAAUAUGCAGACAAGGCGGAGAAGGACCCGGUGUUUACCAAGGCUUGGAAGGAGACUCAGCCCAAGACCAUCUACCGGGAGCUUAGUGACGACGAGGACGAGCCGGAGAAGAAGAAAGCGAGGCGCUAG